CUCUGGAAGCGCGGGAAAAAAGGAGGCCAUGACUGGAGGGAGCGGGAGUGCGCGCGCAGCUAUGGCGGCGGCGGCGGCCCGGAGGUGGGAGUAGCGGGGCGAGGAGGAGGAGUUCCUCCUCGGCCCCUUCGCCCUUUCCCUGCAUAUUCCUCUCAGGGCCGCGCGGUUGAGCUGAGCGGAGGGGGCGGGGCUGGAGCUAGGCCCUGAGCCUCCCGAGGCCGCCUUCAUUCCGGAACUAGAAGAGAGCAAGGGCCAUCCAUUCCAGCCUCGUGCUGCCAAGCAGGAACACACAAUCAAAGCAUCCCCGACAGAUGGCCAUCCAGCCUCUGCUUAAGCCUGCACCACAUCCUGUGGCAGCACAGCCCCGUAAUCCACUUUUCCCGCCAGGAAGUUGUUCUUACUGUUUAUUUGGUGGGGUUCCUUUUUCUGCAAGUUGAAUCCCUUGCUCCAUUGUUUCCUGGUCUCCAGGGCAGCAGAAAGCAAACUUAGUCCCUCCUCAAUGUGGCAUCCUUUCAAAUAUUUGAACGUGGCAAUUUGUUUCCUCUCAGGGCCCUGUACCAUACUUAAUAAAAACAUGUCGAAUUGUGUCCAGAACUGGAAGUAUCAUUCCAGGUGAGAUCUGACCAAAGCAGAAUAGUGUGGGACUAUCUAUUUGGUGGAGGUGGUGAUGCGUGUUACUCUUGGUUCUCAAUUUAGAUACCGUGUUUCCCCAAAAAUAAGGCACUGCCUUAUAUUUUUUUCUGAAGAAGACACACUAUUGCUUAUUUUACCGGGUUGUUUCAUGUCGAGUAAUAGAGCUCUCAUUAAAUGAGCAACUCUUACCCAUAUGCUCAGAGUGCAUUGGCAACAACACUGUCUGAUUUUAUUCCUUGUUGAUGGGGCUGCCUGCACCUUUCUGGUCACCUCCAAGAUGGUUGUCACGAUGGGGCAGAUGAGAAGGCCUGCCAGUUUUUACCACUCUGUGCCAGUACGCUGCAUAGCCAUGCCUAUCAUUAUGUCUCAUAUUGCACAAAUUCUUAGAAAUCCUGCUACAGCUUAUUUUAUGGUGUGCUGCUCUGUCUCCCCUGUUCUCCUCAGACGCACUCCUGAAAAUAUGUCGGAAGGAGUGGACCUCAUAGAUAUCUACGCCGACGAGGAGUUCAACCAGCAUUUAGCUUUCAUGCCUUAGAGUAGCAGGAUUCCAGUGUUGUUGAACUUGCAGCCAUCAGCAUCAUAUAUGGACUCUGAGUUUAGUAAUGCUGACCAGAUGGAUUUGUAUGACGACGUGCUAGCUGCCAGUUCGCAACCUUCUGAAAGUUGCCCUAGCAGCUCAGAGCCACCCUCUGAAAACCGGCAAGAACAGUCUCCCAAGUCAAAUAACAAAUCACCCGCUAUCCUGUAUACUUACAGUGGACUCCGCAAUAAGAGAGCUGCUGUUUAUGUGGGCAGCUUCUCUUGGUGGACGACUGACCAGCAGCUGAUCCGUAUUAUCCGCUCUGUGGGUGUUUAUGAUGUGGUGGAGCUCAAGUUUGCUGAGAACAGAGCAAAUGGCCAGUCCAAAGGGUAUGCAGAAGUGGUGGUGGCCUCUGAGAACUCUGUCCACAAACUUCUGGAGUUGCUGCCAGGGAAGUUUCUCAAUGGAGAUAAGAUGGAUGUAAAGUUGGCUACCCGACAGAAUCUUGCACUGUUUGAGGCACAGGCUCGAAAACGGGUGCCACCGAGGACGCACUCAAGGGAUUCCGCAGACUCAAUCGACGGCCGAGCCACUCCAACAGAGAAUACUGUGCCUCCCCCGCGCAUUGAGAAGCCUCCUUCUGUUUUGCCUUUCUUCAAUCGCCCUCCUUCUGCGCUUCCGCUCAUGGGGUUGCCGCCGCCACCGAUCCCACCCCCUCCACCACUUUCCUCCAGUUUUGGAGUCCCUCCUCCCCCACCAGGAAUCCACUACCAACAUCUAAUGCCCCCUCCCCCUCGACUUCCCCCGCAUCUCGCUGUGCCUCCUCCUGGGGCCAUACCCCCUGCACUGCACCUCAACCCAGCCUUCUUCCCACCACCAAAUGCAGCAAUGGGUCCUCCACCAGACCCCUAUAGCAAGGCCUCUGCACCAUAUAACCACAACAGCCGGGAGUUGAUCCCAUUGCAGCCUCCUAUCACCGAAGCUGAAUUUGAAGAUAUUAUGAACCGGAACCGAGCAAUUUCCAGCAGUGCCAUUUCCAAAGCUGUGUCUGGUGCCAGUGCAGGGGAUUAUAGUGAUGCCAUUGAGACCCUGCUUACAGCCAUUGCUGUAAUUAAACAGUCACGAGUCUCAAACGAUGAGCGGUGUCGAGUCCUUAUCUCUUCCCUCAAGGAUUGUCUCCAUGGUAUUGAAGCCAAGUCUUACAGUAUGGGCGCAAGUGGCAGCGGUGGUAGUUCCUCCAGGAAAAGACACCGGUCUCGGGAGAGGUCCCCCAGCCGUUCCCGUGACAGCAGUAGGAGGCACCGAGAUAUGAUCCAUGAUGAAGAUUGGCACGAGGAAUAUUUCCAGGAAAGAGGCCGGGAACAUGAGAGACACAGAGACCGGGAAAGAGAAAGAGACCGGCAUCACUGAGAGAAGAGCUUCGGAAGCAUUCGGUGUUUUUAUGGACUCGUUAUCUCCUCUCCUUAAUCAAGACUUAAAGGGUGGCGGCUUCUCCACCCACUCCUCCCCACUGCCCUCUGCUCUUUCUGGACCCCUUGGAAGUGACUUCGCCUGUAGAACUCCAUCUUGUGGCACCAAGCCCUCCCUCUCUGUGCUGCUGCUUGAUGGAGAAACUCAAAUGACUUGGGACUUUGAGAGGGGAGUUUGCCUGAGCCACUGUGACCAGGGGGCCACUUCAGUCCAUGGAUUCUUGGACCUAAGAAGAAUGGUGCUUCCCACAGAGGUCUCCUGCCUCUUCCCUUACCAUAUCUUCUCUCAGAGCAGUUGAGGAGGAAUCCAUCCGGCUUAUCUUCUAUAGGAAGAAUGUGGUGCUUCUGCACAGCACAAGAUGUAUGCCCAUUGUCUCACUGGGGCUUGUGUCCACAGUCCGCACUGUGUUGUCUUCUCAGGCACCAAGGCAUCCAGUCCUCCUAAAGUCUCAACUUUUUCCCAAAACAGCUUUCAGUCUUGUCCCCUAGCACCAUUGUCUACAGCUUAGACACAAUAGUAUUUCCUCCCUCUCUUUCUUCUGGGAUGGAGGGUGGGCUGGUUGCUGCUUCUAGUCACCUCUCUUGCCUCCUUUCCCCACUUAGUCCCUGAACCAAGGCACCUAGCUGCCUGUAGAGGGGCCUGUGUUAGUCAAACUGCUCACAGUGUGGAGUUUCCCUUAAGAGAUAGAUUGAACUCUGGCUAAUGCAGGUCCACUCACUAUCCACAGAUGAUUUGCUAAUAGAUUCCUUAUUUUGUUUUAUACUGUAGCUGCUCUGGUUGCAACUUCUCCCUUAACCCUCUUGUUUCCAGGCACCACCCCUCCCAGAGUGUCACCUUCCUUGUUCCAAAGGAAGUGCUGUGAAUUGAGACCUGACCAACGCAGUAGCGUGGAAUGGGGUCUAAGUCAAACUGAGGGGUUUUCUUGAAGUUCUCCCUUACAGUACACCCUGAGCAGUUUUAAAUUCAGUGUGAUGUAUGUGUUGAUUUAAGGUCCAGAAGUUUCCUCACACACCAUCCUCAUUUUACAUUUAAUUCACUAUGGAGGGGGUUCAUCCAUGAAUUUGCUUCAGGCAGCAGCAUACCUCACUGAUUUCUGGCAUCCCAGUCUACAGUUUGAGACAGUGAAAAGCCUCAGUUCACAUCACCUUUGUGUAACUGACAGAGGCAUUGCUAGGGCUUUUGAGUCAGCAACAUCUUCAGGCCAGUGCCAUCAACAUCUACAUAAGGAGUAUUAUGGAAAAGAAAUGGCUACAGAGUUUUGGUCAAAUUCAUCUCUGAAAUGAAACCCUUGAGGAUGGGGUUGUUUUCCGUGCUCCAUCCUAGACUGAGUAGCUUACGAUAACACACUGUAUCCUGGAAUAAGUAGCUUCCAGCACCUGGAUUGCUGACAUGGCCACACAACUAUUACAUUCAUGAUUGUCCAGCUGCAUGGUGAAACCCCCUCAUAAAAGGAUCCUGUCUUGUGUCACAGAGGUUGUGUGGCCUAAAUAAGGAUGGAUGGUGUCAAUCAAAGGAUGUCACAAUGUAAUGCAAUACCUCCUUUUGUACUUUUGAGAGGUAUUCAGCUCAAUUUUUUAAAGGAAAAAAGUAAAUGUAGAAAAAUGGAGUGGCAACUUAAACUGUAAAGGAUAAGAUUUGGAUUGGAAAUGUUGCUUUUUACAAAAUGGGACUUUUUUAGUUUGUUUUGAAAUAAUGGAAGUAAAAAAAGAAAAGAAACGAAUGACAGAAACAUAGCCUUGUUUUCCCUUUGACUCUUCCACCCCUGUUCUUUGUGAUUUAAUUUGUUUGUCUUUUUCUGAUAGGUUGCAAACUGUGUAAUAAACUUGAUGAUAUUGUCAAUCUUUUA